AUGCCAGGCCUAUGCGACUUGCCGCUGGAAUGCCUCCAGAUUAUCAUAGUUCAUCUUUUCCACGAUCAUGACACGAUCUCCCUCGCACGACUCCUCCGUGUUAACAAGCAUAUAUGUACUGCAGCCCUCCCCUUUCUAUACGAUAACCCCUUCUGUCGAGGACUGCACGAGCCCAAAAGCACCGCUACCGAUACUACCCAUGCGGAUCGAACUGUGAAUUCUACAUGGUCGGUUAUGCAACUUGUCCGAUUGCUCUUGCGUUUCGCCGAUACCGACACCGUCACAGAUCUACUGAAGGCGGCAUAUCUAAACGAACGGAACUCUACCGAACAGGACGAUGGGUGUGAGACUCUGGAUGACGACCCUGAUGAUGGUGUCGGUAAACGAAACGACGGACCUGAGAACAAAGGAGCGGUCGGUAAUUCUCACAAGGAUAUGGAUGAUAAUGUCGAACACCACCACAACAAGCACGAAAUUGAGGCCAAAGCUCUCGACUCCUCAGGCAUCAACUAUCUCCUGUACCUUCAGCACUUUCAUUCCCUCGAGGUGGAGCCGUCCCAGGGCUUUCUGUUUCGCAAUGCAUCUCUUCUUUCCAAUAACAAAUUGCAGGGCUAUUUAGAAUCGUCGGGGCUCAACGCUGCAUAUCAUUCAAGAAGUCUCGACCUGGAGAGAAACCCAUACCAAUCACCCACAGAUGCCCUCUGGCCCUAUGUCGCUCUCGACCUGCGAAUUCAAUUAACAUGGGCCCUCUGCUCCCCGGUCCUAGAGCACAUCCAAUCCUUGGUGAUCCCGCUCUCAGAUAUUCGCCGGUAUGCCUCCGUCAUCCACCAGCUCAAGAGUCUCACCGACGUUACAUUCCUGCUGGAUCAAAAACUAUCCUAUCCAGCCUUCAUUGGAAACCAACUCCUGGAGGACAAUCCCAGGAAACACCAGGCAAUGGAAUCAGCACGUACCGAAACCCUGGAUGAGAUGGUGAACUUUGUCAGGACGCACACUCGACUCUUCCCUCGCCAGCUCGCUUCGGCCAAUUGUCCUGACAAUCAAAACUGGCCCGGCAACACACAGACGUGCCCUAAGCUCUACAUGGAUCAACUUCUUAAUUUUCUCCCUUCACUGAACAGGCCACGAGUGAUCAACAGGAAUACAUGGACUCAGUUCGUGUCGAAAAUUGAGACCACGGAUUUGUCAGAGCUUGAAGUGAUGCAAGCGCCCUGUAAUGAUCCAGAGCGCUGGUUCAGGACUCUUUUCGACCAGCCAAUCUACUUUUUACAACGCUGUCGGCAACUGAAGCAGCUCGAAAUAGUUUCGUUGGGGCCAAGCUGCUUUGAAUGGGCCAAAGAAGAGACACUGCUGCGCUUAAGAUGGAAGCUUCAUCAUAUGGAAGCCAAUUGGUCCAGCACUCACGUUGCAAUACCUACAGAGAGGCCGCUAUCCCCGGUUCCACUGGAGCAUGUACGCCUGUGGUGUCAUUUUAGGCCCCUUGGAAACGAACUCAACAAUAUCAUGGUGGGGUUCUCGCAAACGAUCCGAUCAAUCGUCAUUCGUGGCAGCCCUCGUCCCGCGAAUUUCAGCCCUUUACCAACUGGCCAAGGCACCGAGCUCCUCAGAGCAGCCGUCGGGGAACAGCCUCUGCUGAAGAAGCUCAUCGUUACGGUAGCAUGGGGACAAUACUGGCUUGCACAAGGCUGUGUACUCCGCUGUCCAGAGUUGGAGCAUUUCGAGAUGGAAGACGAACCGAUCGCGUACUCCUGUGCUGAUAUUGCGGCCCACUUUAGCCGGCUGAGCUCGUUCGACCAUGCGCCGCAGCUGUGUUUAAAGAACAUUCGACUCGAGGGCACACCCGCGUUGACGUUCCAACCAGAGCUCCUUGGUGUGAUGCCGCUGUUAGAGACCCUAUCCCUGGGCGUCAAGUGUAUGGGCGGUCGAUGCUAUAUCCCCAGCGUGCAUGAUCUUUUGCUGCAUGACGCAAAGAGUAAUAACAGGGUCGACAACAGUGCCUACCGGAGCUGCUUCGUAUCAACCGUACCACAUAGACCCAGGAAGCGACCCUUCUGGAGCUGGGACUGGUAUCUCCCGCGAUUGCAACACUUACAACUGACGGGCGAGUUCGCCUGGCGAUUCCAGUUCAAGAUGCUGGUCGGCUGUCCGAACCUUGAGUCCUUGAUCCUCAACAUGGCCACCCAAGACGACCGCGAGGCGGUGGUCGAACCCGAAGAAGUUGAGCCCGUGAACAGACACAGUUCUUAUCAGCAAACACAACUAACGCAACUAACGCCCACACCGAUAACGGCGACAUACGACGAGUACCAGCAUUUGCGUACGAUUCAGAUACAGGAUUUGCUCAUUCCGACGGGUAGCACCAACAACGACGACAACCACGGCCAUGACGAUGACAGCAACUCUUCUUCAAGCAACCACCAACACACUUCACAUACACCCUUCGGUGACGAUCGAAUUAUACGGAUGUUGAAGCUGAAGACCCUACUAAUCCACGGCCGCUGGUGCAUCUCGGACACCGUACUAUUCUUCCUCUUUGACCGGGUGAUGCCACAUCUGAGGACCUUGAGCGAGUCCCAAUGCGUGGGGUUCUCAGCCAAGGGCUGGUUGCGUGCUACGGGGCGCCUUGCGGAUCUCAAAAGCGCAUGGUCGAGCAGGAUCGUGCCGGAUGAGAGACUGGAGGGGAUGGGCUUGAGGAGGUACAUCCCAGACCCGGCUCGGGAACCGGUGUUGAGGAUACAAGAGGAGGAGGUUGAUGGAGUGAUCCAGCGCAGGUUGGUUGUGGUUACGGACGAGGAUGACAAGACGUCGACGAGCAAGCGUCCGACCAUCUACACGUUCAACCAAGAGAUCCGCUACGUCAAACGUGCAUAA